AUGAGAAAUAAAAUAAAUAUGGGUUUUAAUCAAAAACCAAAAAUCAAACGUUUUUGCUUUUAGGUUUGCCUGCUUUGCUAAAUUGAUUCUCUUCUUUGCCUUCAUCUACCAGUCUUCUUCUUCACCUUCUCGUCACGUGUUCACCACCUCCCCUCACACAUUUUCCUUCUCUGAUUUUCUCAGGAAGCGAAAAGGAAAUUAGGGUUCUUGUUCUGAAAUUCAAUGACUUUCUAUGAUGAUGAUAAACCUGAUAAGGGAGGAGAGGUGGUGCCAGAGCUGAAGCUAAGAAUUGGGGGUGAUGAUGAUGAUGGUGUUAAUAGCAAAAUGGUAAAUUUGAGACAGAGAUUAUUAGAAGAAUGUGAAGCAGAAGAGAGAAAUAUGUUGUUAAGUGAGCCUCCUCUUCCUUCUCGAUGGAGAAGGUCUAUUUGGUACUGGAUGAAGUUGGGAAUUUUAAUUGCCUUUUUAGGGUUAUUGGCUGCUGUUUUCCUCAAAUGGGUUGGCCCAUUUUUCAUGGAUAAGGAGCUAAUGCCUAUAAUAAAUUGGGAGAUGGCAACCUUUAGUACUCCGAUGCUGGCAGUUCUAGUCUUUGCUUCUGUGGCAUUAUUCCCCACAGUACUUCUGCCAUCCACACCUUCUAUGUGGGUUGCAGGGAUGACAUUUGGUUAUGGUUUUGGAUUUCUACUAAUCAUAUCUGCAGCCGCUGUGGGUGUAUCACUUCCAUACUUUAUUGGCUCUCUUUUCCUUCACAGAAUUCAAGGCUGGUUAGAAAAAUAUCCUAAGAAAGCUGCCAUUCUGAGAGCAGCUGGUGAAGGAAAUUGGUUUCAUCAGUUUAAAGCUGUAACAUUAAUCAGGAUCUCUCCAUUUCCAUAUAUCAUAUAUAAUUACUGUGCAGUAGCAACAAAUGUUAAGUAUGGUCCUUACAUCUUGGGAUCUUUGGUAGGAAUGGUGCCAGAAAUUUUUGUUGCAAUAUAUACUGGGAUCCUCAUACAGACUUUGGCAGAUGCUUCUCAUGACAGACAUGCACUAUCAGCUCCACAGAUUUUGUUAAAUGUUGGCGGUUUCCUUGUAACAGUGGUGACAACAAUUGUUUUCACAGUUUAUGCAAAAAGGCAGCUAAAAAUAUGGCAGAAAGAAGAAGAAUUACCAUUGCAGUAAGCUGUAACCAAUUUAGAGAGAAACCGUCUGUAACCAAUUUAGGUGCCUAUCUCAUGUUGAGAUACAGUGUACGGCUGGAUGAGGUUUUAUUUAUUGAACAACUUCAUCCAUUGAAGUGAAUGUGACACAACAUGGUCCUAUGAAACAUUGUGAAGGAGUGACACGGGAGUUAAAAGACAAAAAUCUAACAUCAUACACAAAGGCAGUUUCUUUCUUCUUCCUUUUAUUUAAAGAAUUUUAUUCUUUGCUCCCUCUUUCUCUCUCAUAAUUGAGAUUUGUAUAUGAAUGAAACAUCUGUCUUAUGAAAGUUAAAGUGGACCAAGGCAAAAUUCUUGACAUUAUGUACAUAAAUCAGUGCCAUUUUGUUGUUGACUUGCUGUAUAUGAUAAUCUGCAGAAUCCUUGCUUUUAUGACAGCGAGGUGCAGUCGUUGGUGUUCAACA